UAUAACAAAACAUCGUUCUCUCGCAUCGAGUGCGGAAUCAAAAAUUGUAACUAACGUAAAAACAGUGAAAUUUUGACUGAAAGUCCUUAAAUAUUGCGAGAAACGUGAAUUUCCAUCAUAAACCAUGGAUAAGUCGUUCGGACCUUUAUUCGGUUCAUCGAGAAAUAGCUCCAUUUCGCGCUCACGCCAAUCGCUCGGUGGAUCACUGUUUUCAGCCGGUGGCGGGCGAAAGGGGUCGAUUCUGCCUAUCGGUCGAAAAGGAUCCGGUCGCUUAAGUCUCUCAACUCGGUCCAACAUAUCCACGCUCCAGGUGGUAGCCAAAUCUGAAUACAACAUCCUCGAGUGCUACGGCCUGCCGCUCCCGGUGCAGGUCAGUGAAAUCCUUACCUUUGCCGAGCGGAAUGUUCCGGUUUCGAUUAACUACAGCCAAAAUGGUUGGGCUUGGCUGGUUCAUGGCCGUCGGCUGCUAAUCUGGCAGUACCGGGAGAGUCACUCGAAAUCGAUGGCAACAGCCGCUGUUGCCUUAGGUGCCGGAGAUAACUUUCCGACACCAAGACGGGCACUGGCCAGCCAAUGCCGGCAGCUAACGUUGCCACAUUGUGACAUCGGUCACAAGGCGACGCUGAUUACGGUGUUCAUUGCGGAAGGGCACCAGAUGGCAUCCUGCUUGGCGGUGUCUCCGGCGGGAGAUGUUCGAUAUUGGCCGUCGAUUGCACACGAUGGUUCGUCGAUCGACGAGUGCAAUAUUUUGGAAGGGCAGGAAUUCGAGGAACUGAUCGGUCUGAACAGUGGGAACUACCUACUGGUGACGACCACGUGCAGUUUGGUACAGUUGCAGAUUCAGCUACAGGGUGGAAGGCAGGCAAUUGUCUCACGUCAGGUGAAACCACCGUCGGGAUUUUUCGGCGGCAUCGGGAAAAAGUUUGCAUCUAUCAUCAUCGGGAUGCACAGCAUUCAGGAGAGGGAAAAUAAACUGAUUAAGAUCAACAGCGAAAAAGUAUCUAGCCACGAAUGGCACAUCACGGUCCUGGCAGACAAAUGGAUCCAACGGUGGGCAUUCAGUCCGAGUGGAUCGAAUGAACGCUUUUUGUGUGAAGAUGCAGACAUAGUUCGCAAAAUUAGGGAAUUCUUCCUGCACAAGCUGUGGAGCAGCAGUCGCGAUCCGAACGAAAUAGAACUCUGGACGUUGGACAUGCAGUCGACGGAUCGGGGCGUGCUGAUACUGGCUGCGGCUUGCAAUAUGCAACGCACCCCGCAGGUUCACUAUGCUUUGCUGACGUUCGUUUACGAAGGCGAGGGCAUGGUUCUGAAGGAAAGUGUUAUGAUGAAGUACAAGGGAUUCUAUAGCAGGGAUAGGGAAGAAGACUGCACUGCCUUCAGACUGAUUGCGAACAGAGCAGUGGCGUAUGUUUACAACGAUAAAGUGAUCUAUCCGGUGAUGUUGGACAGAAAUGCAGGAAGUUCUGCGAACAGUGAAAGCAGUAGCCCCAGUGAAGAAUUGGAAAAGAUAGAGUUCAACGUUCAAAAUGAUGGAAUUUUGGCCGGCAAUUGUUUCCAGAAUACGGCGCUGUUCUUUUCCAAAAUACACGGUUUGGUUGUGGUGACUCCAUCCGAUUUCGAACCAAACAGCGAAGUAUUCAACUCAUCCGUUUCGUCCGAUGUGUUCAAUCCCAACAUUUCCGUCAAUGAUUCAGCCUUUAUUUCGCAAUCGAUCUUUGCACCAGCCACCACCAAUGCAGGCAAUCUCGUGCUGUACGAUUUAGACCCGGAAGAAAUUAGUAGCGCCGAGAAGGAUAAUGUCAGCCAGCUAAAGGCCGCCUUCAUCUAUUACAUCAAACGAAACACUCCAGCUUCGAAUGACAUCAUCAAUGGACUUCUUCAAAAUAUCGAAGAGAAACUGGUGGACAGUGAAUUAGAUCAAACCGUACUGUCGAUUGCUCAGGAUUUGGCCGAUGAUAUUCCAGCAGCUGACCCACGGUGGGAAGCAACCACAAGACAUGCCCUCGGAUCAUCUACAUCGAUGCAAAUCGUGCAGCAGCUCCGGGAGAAGAACGUUGCACUCACUCAGUUCCUAGAAUUCCUUCAUGGAUCGUCCUUGUGGGAUAAACUCACCGCUACUACCUCCGGCGACACGGUUCGUCCAACGGCUCAUCUUCUGGCAGACACGGCCGAAAAGAUCGUCGCUGCCAUUGCCCUCAAAUGUUUGCACAACAGCCAUGCCCGGAUCAUCGACGAAUCCAUCGAUCUGGUACUGAAGGAAGGUAAUCGUACUCCACCGUCUCCAAAUCUGACCAACCAGGACCUAUUCUACGUUCAGGUGAACCAAGUUCACGAAAUCUUCAAAGUAUUUGGCGAACUGGUUGAGAACUAUGUCAAGCUGGAGCUCACGACCACGCAGAUCCAGACGGCACUGGUGGAGAUUAAUACGAUAACGGUAACGGUGCUGCAAGAGGUGAUGAAGUUCCGCGAGCUGAAGGCAGAUAUGUUUUCCGUUCGGGAUGAACUGCGCCGGUACGACUACGUCCCGUGGACGGCUUCAUCCGGCCGGUAUGGGCUGAAGGACGUGCUGCUGCACAUGAUCAACAAUACGCUGAACUACGGUAUCAAGGGAAGCGGCGAGCCGGAGUUCAAAAUCAAACACUACCAGCACAUGACAGAGCUGGUGGACUUUGUGUUGGAUGGGCGAAAGAUGUUCCUGGAGAGCGUUCAGGACGAGGACAAGAGGACGGUGCUGUUGCAGCAGUACGAAUCGAAGAGAAGUGACCUGAUCUUUCCGCUGGUGGACGCCGAACAGUACGAACUGGCCGCCAAGCUGGCGGAAAAGUAUCUCGACUUCCAAAUCCUGGUCGUAAUCUGCGACAAAACCAACAACCAAGCCCGCCUGGACGAGUACAUUGAACGCUACAAGGAGCAGGACUUUUCUCAGUUCGCCAUCAGUUGGCACAUGCGCCAGAACAAGCAGGGUGAUAUCUUCCAUCGCUUCAAGGGUAACCAAGCAGAGUUGGCACGAUUUUUGUCCGAUCACCCAUCGCUGGCGUGGAUUCAGCUGGUGUUCAACGGGGAGUUGGCCCAAGGUGCGGAAGUACUGCUGGCGCUGGCACAGAACGAAAAGGAACUGCUAAACCGGAAGCGCGUAAUGCUUUCGCUGUCCAAAUUGUGCGCUCUGGCUGCCGAAGGAGAUUUCAGCGCUCAGAUCACGGAGAUCAAUUCGGAGGUGAAGCUGUUGGAUCUGCAGGAGCAGAUUCCCGACGAAAUUCUGAACAUCUACGGAUACGAUACGAAGAAUUCAAAGGUUCUCUCGCCGGAGGAAAUCGUUGACCUAUACAUUGCCGACGAGUACAGCAGAUCAUCGGAAACUGAAUUCCGCAAAGCGCUGGAACUUCUCGACUUCGUCGAAGAUCCGCUGGAGGUGCGGCAUAAGGUUUGGUGUGCCGCUAUCCUGCGGGACAAUUGGGAGGACUACAGUCGGAACGCCCCGUUGGAUACGAUGCAGGGCAUGAUGUUCUUCCGGUUGAUCGAUCUGUGCUACAUAUUAGAUGGCGAGUUGGAGAAUUUCCUUCCUCCGGUGGAGAGUUUUCUCCUCGCACCCGAACUGGGCGAUCUGGUUGAGAGUAAACCGUUUCAGUAUCUGAUCAAGCUAGGAUACGAGCACAUCUACGAUUCGUACAAGAAAAAGUAAAAUGGUAGGAUCGAAGAUUGAGUUGUGCUAUGGUUCCAGUGCGUUUGUGGU